AUGGCAAUACCUUGCAUUAACAAAUUUGCAGUCUCGGUUGCAGUAACGGGGUAUCCACUAGGAUUUCUAUCGGCAAUAACACUGGAGGGCAUUUGCCAUUCGAUUCUGGCCCUGGUGAAAUGUGACAUCACUGAUAUUGAAGAGGACGUCUUCGCCAGAUUGUCUAACCUUCAUACGUUGGCCCUAGACUUUAACAAACUCACUCAUAUCAGGCAGAAUUGGUUCUCUGGUUUGAAUGGUCUCUACGUACUGAGCUUGUCCAAUAACAAGAUAGAGAGGGUGGAUGCGGGGUCUUUUAUCGACCUGAGGUCGCUUGAAGUCUUAAGCCUACAGUACAAUCCGCUACAGACUGUAGACCCUGACUGGUUCUCUGGGCUCCAAAAUCUGUUGGAGCUCCGCUUGGGAUCAAACCACAUUCCUCGGGGCGCAUUCCGGUACCUUCAUGACCUCCGUGACUUGACUCUAGGCGGGAACUUUACAUUCGUCGACGGGGAGACGUUCUGGGGGCUAAGGAAUCUUUCGUCCGUGCUUCACGUUGUUGGCAAGAGGUUGGGCACGGUUCGUGACACGGUGGUGGAUGAUGCGGCGUGGAGCCUUUCUCUUCACAAUCUCAAGGAUGAACGCGACCAUCAUCACAUCAGAAGACAGGAUGUGUCACUUACGAUCUCCGACUAUCUCGUCUGUAUCACUCACCACCCUUUCAUGAAUGAACAGACUUGGGGUUGGACAUACAUGUAUAAUUUAUCUACGUCUUCUGACAGUAGUGUUACAAUAGAAAACACAUCGUGUGGCUUGCCAGACAUCCUCUUGACAAAGACUAAGGGUCAGGAACAUUCUCUUGUCCUGAUAAAGACUGGAUUUUUCAACCGAAGCACCCUUCAUAGUGACACUGACCAGUGUAGACAGGGAUGGGAACAGAAUGGUGGCUUGACUGUGGCUUUACAGGGUGGCUUACGCCUACGCUUCACUACACUAUCGGAAGCAAACGAGACUAUGAGGGCGUUUGCUUUAAGGUUGGAAAGGACGACACAUAACGCAAGCACGAAUAGCUCAUCCACUGAAGGAAAUCUGAGGCCAUUCACCCAAACAAACGCGAGAAAUAUAACCUGUUUUGUGCUUGGCAAUGGGAAUACUAGUUGCUUGCACCGUACCGCAUGCGAAAUCUGGCGGGCGAGGUCUGCUUCCCUCCCCGCCAUUCCCCACCAACACAGUGACGUUUCCCAGCGCCAACUAAUAUCUUGCAGAUCGCUGCCUACAACCCUAAGCUCAAUCGAACCCAACUACUGUGAGAUCCCAGACGAUACUGCCCUUUCAUUUCACACGUACUGGGAAAUCGAAGAUGGUGGCAUGUCUGAUGUGAACAGAUCAGCGCUCACGAAGCUCCCGGCUAAAACACGCACGUGGAGGGAAGAACGAGAGGACGUAGUCUCUUGUCAGUCACUGCCUGCUGUCUCACCCUCUACCGAACCGACGUAUUGCAACAUUUCAGAUAGCGACGAAGGUGAUGGUGCCCCGUUACCAUUUUAUGGCAUUGCAGUUGAUUUGACGCUACCUGCAGUUAUGGGGGAGGGUGAGAACCGCAGUAUCUACCACGGCAAUAAGACCAAACGUUCACGCCAUCUCAGCCUACGUAGAACACGGUAUGAUAGAUGGAAAUCCCAUCGUGUAACGUUCUACGGAAAGGCGGCAGAGACGUCCCGUGACCACGGCAGCCUUGAGAGAAGUUCACGCCGUCUCCAGCAGACAUCUAGCCGACCUACAGCUGUGUAUGGAAGAUCCAAAUCCCACGGCACAACGUUCUACGGAAAGGCGGCAGAGACGUCCUGUGAACACGGCAGCCUUGGCAGAUUUUCACGCCGUCUCCAGCAGACAUCUAGCCGACCUACAGCUGUGUAUGGAAGAUCCAAAUCCCACGGCACAACGUUCUACGGAAAGGCGGCAGAGACGUCCUGUGAACACGGCAGCCUUGGCAGAUUUUCACGCCGUCUCCAGCAGACAUCUAGCCGACCUACAGCUGUGUAUGGAAGAUCCAAAUCCCACCGCCGCGUAACGUUCUACGGAAAGGCAGUGAAUGUCCCACAAAACUUGAGCAUGCGAACUAACACAAACCCGCCAGGUUCUAAUUCUCAAUCGACGCAGACGCAAGUUCAUUCGAGCGUUAUAGUAGAGGAUGCAGGUUCAAUGGUCUGGCGACCAACCUCCUGGCCAAUGCAAAUCGUCGAAGGCGGCGGCCGCCGGCGUAACCCGCAGCGGCCAGCUUCCCUUACCGAAGUACUAAACACGGCAAUGGGCCUUCAGCGUGAAGAUUGCGAGAACGCACCAAGGCAAACUUCCCUCACAAAUCCUCAAACCACCUACGCCCUAUCUGAGGAACUGCUUAACUCCCGGCCUUUACGGGGCCAAAGUACGAGAUUGUCUCUUCCUUCCCUACGCUGUAUCAAUGGGACACCACAGAAUGAAGAGAUACUAAACCAAACACGAGCAAACCCCUAUAGGUCGUGGGAAAUACCUCACAAUGCACACUUUAACACAUCGCGUUCAGAGCCUCAAAUCCCCACCGUAGCAAACACCUAUUGGCCGUGGGAGAUCACAAUUGGAAGUCCCCUAGCCCCUAGCAGUAAGAGGGCGUCUCUCACUGCCUGCCAUGAGACACUGCCGAGUGAAGCGCCCUCACAAAUUAACACCUACUGGCCUUGGGAGAUCCCCAGUGUUAGACAUUUCACUGUGAGAUAG